CAGUCAGGAUCUUCUCUCUCACCCAUUCCCCUGUUUACCUUCUUCAGGAGUGCCUCAGCUCUCUCUCUGGCCUGGACCUUCCUCUACCUCCUCUUCUUCAGACUGGUCACAUGGUUUGGCCUGCCGCCGCCAACAUCCUUUGCCAACUCCAUCCAGCUACUCCUCACUCUGAAGAUGGUCAGUCUGGCCAAUGAGGUGCAGAGUUUUCACCUAGAGAAGAAACAGGAAGUGAGCUCAUUCUCCAAGUCUCCUGUGGUUGGUGGACUGUCCCAAGAGCCUUCCCUCUAUGAUAUGAUAGCCUAUAGCUACUGCUAUGUGGGUAUAAUGACAGGCCCGUUCUUCCGGUUCCAAACCUAUGUGGACUGGCUGAGGCAGCCCAGCUCCUUGGACCUUCCUGGCUGGGUACCCUGCAUGCUGAGGCUGAGGUUGGUGCCUGUCUACGGAGUUCUGUUCCUGACCACCAACAUGUACUUCCCCCUGGCAUACGUCCGCACUGAAGAGUUCCUGGAACAUCACUUUUUCUUCAGGUUGUUCUACAUGACGGUGGUGUUCUUUGUGUUCCGGAUGCGGUUCUACGCUGCAUGGUGUGGGGCAGAGGCUGGCUYCAUCAGCGCAGGACUGGGCUGUUASCCAGAGGGGGCGCUCUCCAAGCCGGGAGGUGGUCCCACUGUCAACUACAGCCCUGACCCUGAAAGUCCGGUUGUGUACGACUUCAAAACCAUCCAGAACAUUGACCCAUACAACACUGACUUCUGUGUGAAGGUCCGCCACGGGAUGCGCUACUGGAACAUGACUGUGCAGUGGUGGCUGCAUCACUACAUCUACCCCAACUCCCCCUUCAAGGCUUACGCACUCAAGGCUGGAUGGACCAUGUUCAUCAGUGCAUACUGGCACAGGCUUCACGCUGGCUACUACCUGUCAUUCCUCACCAUUCCCCUGUGCAUUGCGGCUGAGUCGGCCAUGGAGGCAUCGGUCAGGGCCAAGCUGGGGCCCCGGGGUCAGAGUGCCUUUGACUGGGUCCACUGGUUCCUUAAGAUGAGGGCCUAUGACUACAUGUGUAUGGGCUUCGUCCUGCUGAAACCCAGCGACACCGUCCACUACUGGACCUCCAUCUACUUCAUCAUCGCCCUGGCCUGCAUUCUGUUCGGGAGGCUGAUGAAGCGAGGAAAGAGGGCGAGAAAGAAGAGUGAAAAGGAGGAGAAAAUUGAGGGGGAGAAGAUAGAGGUGAAGCAAGAGGACGUGAGAGAGAAGACAGAGUGAGAAUGGAUUGAUGGAUGGGAGGGAUGUACUAUAUGGGGAGGAUAGGUUUACUAAAGAACUACUAUUCCCACAAUGCACAGUCUGUCACUGAUCUGUAUGGGUCACUUUUGUCAGUUAGGUCCAGUGAUGUCUCCCCUGGUAGAGAAGAGUUAUGUUCAAUCCCGAACUGGCCUCUAGACCCUACUAGGGUUUGACUUGCAGUUGGGAGGUAGAAUAGAUGAAGUUGUAGGAUUUCCCUAACCAGGAGACAUCAUUGGACUAUUAGCUGAAUACAGUGAACCCUUAUGAACAUUGUUGUAACCCAGUAACAGUUGCCAUGGUGAUAUUACGUUACAAACCACGUGUACAUACAGGUAUAAUUGGGUGAAAGAAUGUUUGCUUAAUGAAUGUUAUUUUUGAUGUGUGAGUGCCAAAAAAGUUCAGGGGGAUGUAAAUUAUUCAGCUA